AUGGCAAACAUCGAGAAACUCCAGUUCCUGACCCUAAAAAUAACUGGCGAAAAUUACGUCGGGUGGGUCACAAACGUGAAACCAUAUCUGGUGAUGAAAAAGAUAACCGAAACAAUUGUAAUCGGUAACAAAUCACCACCCGAGCAUAUAGCCGAAGCGAUAAUCUUCCUAAAGAAGCAUUUAGAUGAAAAUCUAAAGCACGACUAUGCAAACGUCGAGGACCCAGCUGAACUGUGGCAAACUUUAAAAGAAAGGUUCGAUAACCAGAGACAAAUCAACCUCCCUCACGCUCUAGAAGAGUGGAAAAAUCUGAGGUUCCAAGAUUUUCAAAAGGUUGAGGAUUACAAUUCCGCUGUCCUGAGGAUAGUUACACUCCUGAAAAAAUGCGGAUACACGAAAUUUUCUGAAUUGAUGGUUGCGCUCAUGUUGGCUGAAAAGAACAAUGAGCUCUUAAUCAAAAACCACAAUUUUCGACCUACGGGAGCCAAAGCAUUCCCUGAAGUGAAUGCUACGGCGGUAGAAAAUUCAGAAAGAAGGAACCAGAUCAACCGAGGUUAUGGUCGCCAUUUCAAUAAUAAACGUGGAAAACUUACAAUCCCAAAUGGAAGGGAUCUAACAAGUGGGUUAGAUCCGAACAAGUUUCUAAGGAAAUGGAUCAGAAUGCUAAUGAAGCAAAAUCCAAGAAACGGAUUCGUGAAAUAUGCAUACCAGAUAGUGGAACAACGCACACUAUUCUGA